AUGUACAGCAACAACAAUAACAAUAACAACUUUAACGAUGACAACAGUGGCAACAGUAGGAGUCAGCAGGCCAAUAUCAACAACUAUCAAAGUAAUAACAACACCCCCAAUAUCACUCGUCAACCAACACAACAACAAAGAGAGCAGCUCCAGCUGCAGAGGCAACAUCAGGAACUACUCCAGCAACAGAUGCAGGCCGAGGACUCCCUGCGUCUAAACCUCCAGAACGACUCCCACCGUCGUAACCAACACCCGGCCGCACGGCAAGACAACGACAACAACGGAGUAGCAAGUGGUGAACCUAAACCCCCAGGCUAUUUUUCAUACCCACCACAACCUCACCACGCCGACUCUUCCCUCACCACCACCUCCUCCCCCGACAGCCAUGAAGACGCCACCUUCAGGACGCGCCUCCGCCGGCUCUACAGGUUCCCUUGCUCAGUCUACGGCAAGAGCCUUAUCGGAGUCAUUGGAGUCGAGGCGCUGCUGGUCAUUAUAAUGCAGGUCGUGAUUGUCGUCCUGUAUUUUGACAGCCUCGUCGACGACCCUUUGCCACCACCUUUCGAUGGCCCCAAUGCAGGCGUAUCACUGCCGCCGUACCUUGAUACCCGGAACCAGUCGCGUGCUAUCCCUGCCUACCUCAUCGUCUUCGUCUUUGCGCAGCUCUUCCAACUCGUCUUUACCUGGGACGCUGUUCGAGCACAAAAUACCAUCCAAUUGAUUGGAAUCGUCCUAUUCAACCUCUGCUGCUUUGUCUAUUCGAUCUUUGAGAUUUCACAGAUCCAGAGAUCGCUGUCUGAUGCAGGAGAAAGAGGCUUCUUUGAGUCCAAGCCAGGAAAGACAUCGUCGGAGGUUGCCAUGAAUCUGAACACUUCUCUGCAGCCGUUCUUGAUCGUGAUGGUUUGUGUCUUUGGCAUCACGCAGUGUCUUGUCACCUGGCUCGCUUAUCGACUUUUCCAGGAGUUCGGAUGGAAGAUUUAUAAAAAGAUUGGUGCUGACCCCAAUAUCAAGAAAAUGUACCGUGCAUACCAAAUAUACCUGGUCUUGAUCAAGGUCGACCUGUUCUUCUUUGUCGGCUUCUCGAUCCAAUUCAUCUACCUGACUCUGACGCGGCGGUCCAACGACCCAGAGUACUGGCUCACCAUCAUCAUCCUGCCCGUGACGAUCCCAAUCCUCUACAUCGCCAUCUACGCCGUUCGACACGAGAGCCGCAAAUGGAUGGCGGUCUUUUUCACGACCAUGUUGGCCGGCGUCGUCUACUUUGUUUACAAGAUUGUCCGCAUGUACCACGGCGAGAAGGUCCCCAUCUACGAAGGCGUCGUCCGGUUCCUGACACUCUUUGCUUCGUUGUGCCUGAUCGCUAUCCUGCUGACGAUUGCCAAUGCAGCGGUCUGCUACCUCAACUUUGGACGCGGUCUCAAGGCCCAUCUCAUCCGUGACGGACCUCCUUCCCCCAACGCUGGCACAUCCUCUACCGGCGGCCGUGUCAUGGAGAUCGACUAA